AUGUUGGUUGAGCCGUCUGACGGUAUAGAUGGUCCCAAACAAAUUUGGCAGAAUAAAAUCCACGAUGUCGAGUCACUGCUACUUGAGGCUGACGUUUUCUUUCGCGAUAUGGAAGGCAUUGGAAAAUAUAAAAAGAAAUUGGAAAAUGAAAUGAAAUUUUUGACUGCUUUAGAAAAUCUACCGAUCAGUGAAUUGAGGAAGUAUUUGGAUACUAGCAAUACAACGCAUCUUCGAGGCUUGCUUGAUGUGGCAAAGAAGCAUUCUUGUUGUGCCUUUUACAAAACCUUCACUGUGUCACAGAAAUAUUCUACUUAUGAUUUGAAAUAUUCAAAUAGGCAUGUAGAUGCAUCAGAUUUGUUGAGGAAGAAAUCAAAGCGAGAAAUUGACUUAGUGGUGAAUGGUGGCGCUACGUGGGUGAAAGUGAUAUCCAGAAAUGUUCGAAGUCUUGCUAUGGAUUUUGUUGGUGCUAGUGGAAGUGCUAAUCGUUCCGUUAUUGAGCAAGCACAAGAUUACAUUGAGAUAGCUCGAACUCAUCUUCAUUUCUUCAAAGUGCCAAAAAUAAUAUUUGAAUUCGUGCAUGGUGUUCCAGACUUGUUGCAACAUAAACUUGAAUCAUUUGGGAUUGAAGUUAUUGGUGAUAUGAUGAAUAUUAACGAAUUUGUAAAAUUGCCGGUUGAUUUUGCUUCAUAUGACAGUGAUGAUAUUUACGACAGUACACCACCACCUUUUUUGGAGGACGAAUGCCUAAUAGCAGAAAACUGCGUUGUAGAUACCGUCAAUCUUGAUAUCAGUAGUGUAUUUGCUCUUAUUUCAUCCUUAACUCAUGGAAAUGGUGCUAAUUAUAACUAUGCCAGUCGGUUACUAAAUGCUCAAGCCGUUCUGGAAAGGAAGAAACCUGCUCUACCUCCACUUCUGAAAGCUAUUAAAGAUACAAAGUUGAUAAUUUGUCAAACAGCAUACGAUUCUGUGCAGUCAAUUUUGAGUACAGUGGCAGGACCGCAGGAAAGAAUACGUGCCGAAGAGUUAUUCAAAAAAGUUAAAAUAGUAGAAGAUAAACUAUCAAAACGAGCAGCUGGAUUAAAAUUGAGUGAUAGAAUCAGUCGGAGGUCUAAAACAAUAUUUGGUUCCGGUGAUUAUUACAAAGCAGUUACAGUUACCGCCAAUCGUCAUUUUGUUUAUGCAGCUGCACAUCAGGAUAUUCAUUUCGCUGUUAUUAUACAUGAAUCAAGAGCAUUAAGUGAACAGAAGCAACGAGAUUUAAGAAACUAA